AUGUUUAAUAGGACCCUCAUCAGGGGCUUGGUGGCUCUUGAGCCUACCUUGUAUCCACGAGCAGUAACUCUACCUGUCCGGCCAUUCACUCGGUUCCCCUCGUGCCGUUCUCUUCCCCGAUAUUUGCAGAGUACAAAGCCUGGCUCGUCGCUGCUAUCAUUAAACUGGCCAAAGCCACCGCAAAACCUACUCCUGAUCCAUAAGCUCUACUCAGCCCCCGUCGUCGAAGCCGUCGUCAAGUUCUCCAAGUACAUCCACAAUGAGUACCCUGAAGUCAACCUCGUCUUUGAGCCACGCAUCGCCGACUCGUUGAAGGAGCGUCUCCGUUUCCCCAUAUACUCUUCGGAUAACCGCUCCAAUAUGGCCGACAAGAUUGACGUCAUUGCAACCUUUGGCGGUGACGGUACUGUCCUGCGAGCUGCGAGUCUGUACAAGCUGCACGGAUCGGUGCCCCCGAUUUUGUCGUUCAGCAUGGGUACACUGGGCUUUCUGGGCGAGUGGGAUUUUGGCGAGCACAAAAAGGCGUGGAGGGAGAUGUACAUGAGUGGGAGUGACGUCGCUAUGAGGGACGCCGCUUAUCCUCGAGGGGCUUGGGAUAAGACGAGUACAGGGUCCUACGCUGGAUGGGAGAGGCACAAGGGCAAAAGCUUGGGUUCUCAGAGGGCAUCCAAGGUGCUGCUUCGACACCGCAUCAAGGCUGAUGUGUACGAUCCAUCUGGUAACAACAUCAACCACUGGUUGUCUGAUACGUUAUCCAGCGAUGCUGAGUCAGGGGCGAAGCCGAUUGCGGGAUCCAAGGAGCCUUCACCGUCGUUGAGGGCCAUCAACGAGAUUUCAGUGCACCGAGGAUCUCAUCCACACCUGGCUGUCAUUGACAUUUACCAGAACGGGCACUUUCUCACUGAGACGACAGCUGAUGGAAUUCUAAUCAGCACACCGACGGGUUCAACAGCAUACAGCCUCAGCGCUGGUGGUCCCAUCGUACACCCUCUAGUCAAGUCUCUCCUCAUCACGCCCAUCAGCCCGUGUAGCCUGAGCUUCCGGUCGCUGGUGCUACCGCUCGACACAAAGGUCAACCUGCGUAUGAGCCCCAAGAACCGCGGUCGCGAACUCGACCUCAGCAUUGACGGGAAACGGUGCGUGGGAGUGUCUCCCGGGACCGAGAUCCGGGUCGAGGGCGAGUUCGUGGGGCGCGCGGGACCCGGGGAGGAGUGGCACGGGGGCGUUCCGUGCGUGAUCCGCACCGAGGACGAUGAUCCGUGGGUGGGCGGACUGACGGGUCUGCUCAAGUUUAACCAUCCCUUUGGGAGGGAGCCAGCAGGGGAUGAGUUUGAUGGUUGA